GGUCUACUAUAUAAAGCUCAUCGAAAUCUUAGCAAUUCAUCAGUUCACUUGCUAACGCAACCUCAACAGCAUUCGCUAACAAUUCAACCAAACAACCCACACAAAACUAGCCAAAAUGUUCAAGAUUGUGUGUCUGUUCGCCAUCGUUGCCGUUGCUUCCGUUUCGGCCAAGGCUGAUCCGAAACCGGCAGUACUUGCCUAUGCUGCUGCUCCGGCUGCCGUGGUCGCUGCUCCGGCCGCUUAUGUUGCCGAAGGUGCCGCUGUGUACGAACGCACUUUCCACGGAAAUACUGCCCCGCUGGCCUACACCUACCCUUACGCUGCCCCAUACGUUGCUGCCGCUCCCUAUGUGGCUGGUGCUCCGCUCGCCUACUCCUCACAGUACGUUGCCGCUGCUCCGGCCCAGGUGCUGCUGAAGUAA